AUGGGGUCCUCCAACCGGGCACUCUGUCUGCAUGCGGUGGCCGCGUUCUUUGCGGGCAUGGGGCUCGUCGGGAUCGUCGAGCCCGGCAUGGUGCUCCACUUCUUCGGCCUGGACACCUUGCCGCCCGACCUGCGCAACGAGGUCCGCGGCGUUUACGGGGGCUUCGGGCUGGCCAUUGCGGCACUGCUGGUGUUCACGCGGAGAGUGGAGCGCCGUCGCCCUGACUAUGCGCUCGGCCUUCGAACCGCGGUGAUGGUGAGCCUUUGCGGGAUGGCCGCUGGACGGCUCGUGUCCUGGGCGAUUGAGUCAACGACAGGGCCAUGGCCGCUUGUUUUCUUCGCCGUCGAAUUAGCCCUCGCGCUCCUGCUAUCCAUGGCGAUGCCCGAGUCGAGGUGCGCGUGA